UUUUCAGCUUGACAGAGAACUACCAGAAAUUCUUAAGGACUUUUGUGAGGACAACCUGGACUCCUAUUCUCACAUAACUGUCAUAGCAAGACGUAAAAACAUUUUAAAGAGUGCAUGUGUGGCACUGUCGAGAGGGUACUUUGAGUGGCACAAAACUCCGAAUAUAGAGUUUGUUGGAGAAAUGGCGGAAGACUAUGGGGGUCCAAGAAGAGAAUUUUUCAGACUCCUCAUGAUUGAGCUCCAAAGCAACCUUGGGAUAUUUGAGGGCAAACCUGGACAGUUGCUCUUCAGCUACGAUCAGAAGGCUCUAGAUGAAAAUAAAUUUUAUACAGCAGGAAGACUAAUGGCCUGGUCAAUAAUUCACAAUGGACCAGGCAUUAAGUGCAUAAACAAGGAGCUUUUUAUGUUAAUGUGUGGCCAGAAACCAGACCUCAGCACAUUUGAUCGUACAAAUUUCCUGGAAAAUGACCUUGUAGAAAAGCUGGCAAAGGUUGUCAGAUGCAGCACUGCAGAGGAGCUGACAGAGCUAAAAAACUCCCUGGGGGACUGGAUUUGUGACUGUGGGGUACCCAACAUUUUCACAGCCUCAGUGAGUGAUCUGACCACAGUUUAUGGGCAGUUAGUAACUCACUACAUCUACCACAGAGUGGCUAGUAUGAUCCAGCAGUUUACUUCUGGGCUGAACUCCUGUGGCCGGUUGUGGGAGGUGGUGGUUAAUAAUUGGAGAGCUUUCCUCCCCCUGUUUACUACCACAACAAGGCCACUGACAAGACAUGACAUCAGAGACCUCUUCAACAUUGUCUGGAGUUCACCAGGGAGCAACAGGCGAGACCUUGAGGAGGAGACUGUCUUCCAGUGGGAGUGCUGGCUAAUGUUGAUUCAAGUCUGA